AGCCUUUUGAACUUGAAGGUUUCUCUCCUCCAGAUGGACACGGAGGCCAGCGACCUGCUGAACGACCUGCAGGUUCGGCUCAACAACAUUCUGGACGACCUCAGCAGCACGUUUGGGAACAGCUUCCAGAGCCGCAUCACCGACUGCAUGCGGCAGAUGGCGUCGCUGCUGUACCAGAUCAAAGGACCGCUCAACGAAAACACCAAGAACCAGGUGGAGGGCGACUCGGACAACAUGCUGCGGCCGCUCAUGGACUUCCUGGAUGCGCAAUUAACGCUGUUCGCCACGGUGUGUGAGAAAACCGUCCUGAAGCGCGUUCUGAAGGAGCUGUGGAGGAUCGUGAUGACCAGCCUGGAGAAGAACAUCGUCCUGCCGCAAGGGAACGACACCUUGGGAGCACAGAUCCUUUCUGCUGCUAAAGAACUGGGACACCUUUCCAAACUGAAGGUAUCAGGUUGCCUUUGAGUUUGCUUU